GUCUUUGGGCUGGGCAACAAGACCUAUGAGCACUUCAAUGCCAUGGGAAAGUACGUGGACAAGAGGCUGGAGGAGCUCGGAGCCCAGCGCAUCUUUGAACUCGGGCUGGGAGAUGAUGAUGGCAACCUGGAAGAAGACUUCAUCACCUGGAGAGAGCAGUUCUGGCCAGCAGUGUGUGAGCACUUCGGGGUGGAGGCUACUGGAGAGGAGUCCAGCAUCCGCCAGUACGAGCUGGUGGUGCACACAGAUGUGAACAUGAACAAGAUCUACACUGGUGAGAUGGGCCGUCUGAAGAGCUACGAGAACCAGAAGCCACCGUUUGAUGCCAAGAACCCCUUCCUGGCCCAGGUGACGGAGAACCGCAAGCUGAACGAGGGUGGAGAGAGGCACCUCAUGCACCUGGAGCUGGACAUCUCCAACUCCAAAAUCAGGUACGAGUCCGGGGACCACGUGGCCGUGUACCCAGCCAACGACUCUGCUCUGGUCAACCAGAUUGGAGAGAUCCUGGGCACGGAUCUGGACACAAUCAUGUCCCUAAACAAUUUGGACGAGGAAUCCAACAAGAAGCAUCCCUUCCCCUGCCCCACGUCCUACCGCACAGCCCUGACCUACUACCUGGACAUCACCAACCCGCCCCGCACCAACGUCCUCUACGAGCUGGCCCAGUAUGCCACAGACCCUGGCGAGCAGGAGCGCCUCCGAAAAAUGGCAUCCUCUGCUCCUGAGGGCAAGGCUCUCUACCUCAGCUGGGUGGUGGAGGCCCGGAGGAACAUCUUGGCCAUCCUGCAGGACAUGCCCUCCCUGCGCCCACCCAUCGACCACUUGUGUGAGCUCCUGCCACGCCUGCAGGCCCGCUACUACUCCAUCGCCUCCUCCUCCAAGGUUCACCCCAACGCCAUCCACAUCUGCGCCGUGACCGUGGAGUACGAGACCAAGACGGGGCGCCUCAACAAAGGGGUGGCCACCAACUGGCUCAAGAACAAGGUGCCCAAGGAGAAGGGGAGCAGCUCCCUGGUGCCCAUGUACGUCAGGAAGUCGCAGUUCCGCCUGCCCUUCAAACCCAGCACGCCCGUCAUCAUGAUCGGGCCGGGGACGGGCAUAGCCCCCUUCAUCGGCUUCAUCCAGGAGAGGGCCUGGCUGAAGCAGCAAGGCAAGGAGGUGGGUGAGACAGUGCUGUACUACGGCUGCCGCCACCAGCGUGAGGACUACCUGUACCGGGAGGAGCUGGCCCGCUUCCAGCAGGAGGGAGUCCUCUCCCAGCUCAACGUGGCCUUCUCCAGGGACCAGGCUGAGAAGGUGUACGUUCAGCAUUUACUGAAGAAGAACAAGGAGAAUAUCUGGAAGCUGAUUAAUGAGGGGAAUGCUCAUAUCUACGUGUGUGGCGACGCCCGCAACAUGGCCCGGGACGUGCAGAACACCUUCUACGAGAUCGUGGCUGAGUUUGGGAACAUGAGCCAGCCCCAGGCCGUGGACUAUGUAAAGAAACUGAUGACAAAGGGCCGGUACUCGUUGGACGUCUGGAGCUAAGGGCAGGGCUGGCAGGGCUGGGGAGAGAACAGG